UCCAUGUUAAUAGGUGCAGAUUAGAAAUGGCGUGAUCUUCGCACCGAAUGCAUCUCUUUGCUCUGUUUAUAGCACAAGGUCGCAUCAGGCUACACUGCAGCCAGCAGCUCCUAUUGAUGGAUGCCUCUGGCUCGACGUUACUCUGUGACAGACUUCUUUGUUCCAAUGGUUAAUGAACCGCCUGAGCAGCUGGAAACGAAAUCCAGCCUCGUGUAUAUAAACGUGUCACGACCGUCAUGGCUGCAAUAUGGGGCCUGGGUUGCCGUUUCUUUCUUCGCCAAGCUGCCAUUUGCUCCCUCGCCCAUCAAGCUCAUGCAAGCAGCCUGUCUGCAGCGACAGAUCCUCCGUUAAUCCACCAGGCGUUGUCCAAUCGGGCAAAAAUUGGGUUGGGUUGUAGCUCCUAAACAGAGCACUGCAGUGCGGGCGCUCAGCGCGACAUGACGGCCGCCAGGUCAUGACUUAUGGGUGCAUAACCUGUUGCGCUACACUGCGUACCCGUUUACCUAUCAGUGCAAUUGCAGCAUGGAGUAUAUGAAUAUGUACGUCAUGAUAAUAGCUGCUUCUUUAAUCUAGUGAAAGGGCUGCACACUGAAUACCUACUUUCUAUGUGGAUGCAUGCGAGAUUUUAAUGCAUAUACCUGACGCGGGAGAGACUGCGUCAUGGUCUCACGUGACUCGCAUACGUAAUGCCGUCUGCUGUUUUACAAUCUUCGUCGGGAAUAGAAAUGGCAACGGGAAGCUCCACAGAACCGAAUUUACUCUUAGCUCCGCCUUUUUGUUGAAAAGCUGGUCGCUCACUCGCUCGAAUCCAAGCCAGUUUUCAUUACAAUGUGAGGCU